CGGCAGCCGGUAGUCCUUGGACACCUGCUGUACGGAGCCGCCUGCUUCGUUGCCGCUCGCUCAGGGGCUCUGCCAGUCACAAGUCUGCAGCGGGCACGGCAGCCCGAGUCCGUCCGACAAAGGAGACGAAGACGGCAAGUGGAAGCAGACCCUUAGGAUCGACACUACGGGAAACGCUCGGUGCAGAAAUGUCAGACUCGAUGUGGACACGCAACAGUGCGGAACUGCGAGGGAAAUGCUCGGGAACGAAGGACAGGAGGUGCAGCGCGGCACAGGAAAACGCGACUGCCUUCGACGCGGGACAGUGCGGGGCGUGCAGGCCGCGGCCGCUCGGUCACGUGCGCCUCGCCGAGGACCGGCCGGCCGGGGCGGCUCGCGCCCCUGCUCUGCCGCCAGUGAACGGCGGGAUGGCGCACUGGACGCUGCAGGCACCCGACGUGGCGAGCGCCCUGGCGCUGCUGCUCGCGCUGCUGCUCGCACUGUCGGCGGCGACGCGCGCGUCUUCGCUGUCGCGCUGGCUGCGCCUGCGGCGGCUGGCCAGCGCGCUGCCCGGGCCCAGCGACACCCUGCCCAUCUGCGGCGACGGCAUGAGCCUCCGGGGGCCGCCCAUAACCGCGCUGCGGCGCCUCUACCACAAGCACGGCACCCCGUGCAGGGUGUGGGUGGGCCCGCGGCUGUACGUGCUGCUGUCGCACCCGGAGCACGCGCGCCUGGUGCUGAGUACGGGAGCGCACGUGGACCGCGACGACUACAUCAUGGACGUGCUGCGGCCGCUGACGGGCAACGGUCUGCUCGCCUCCAGGGGGGACCUCUGGCGCAGCCGGCGCAGGCUGCUGAGCCGCGUGUACAAGACGCAGUGGCUGCAGGAGCAGUACACGUGGCUGCAGAAGGCCGCAGAGACGCUGGUGUCGGCGAUGCGACCUCUGUGGAGCGACGAAGCCUCAGCAGCAGGGGCUGAGGAGGAGACCCUUGGGCACCUGGCCGCCUGCACGCUCGACCAGGUGGCCGGCUCAGUGGUAGGACGCAGCCUGCUGUCCGGCGGCGCCGACGGCGUCGGCUUCGUCAAGGACUACAUGAGGGCCGUCCAGACGCUGCACGCCAGGGUUAUGAACCCAUUUCUGCUCGUGACACCAAUAUUCAAGUUAUCAAGUCUUGGUAGGGAACAAGCGAAACUGGCAAAUUCCAUGCAUCAGUUCAUCGACGACUCUGUAGAGAAAAUGAAGAAACUACCAUCAGAGGAAAGUGAAAGCUGCGACUCUGAAGCUAGCUCAGCAGGAAGGUUGCCGGGCUCUGCGCUGGAGGCGCUGCUGGAGCUGACGCAAGACCGGCGCCUGCUGCGGGAGGAGAUCGCCACGCUGCUGCUGGCCGGCCAGGACACCACGGCCACCGCCAUCUGCUUCGCGCUCCAGCUACUCGCCCUCCACCCAGAGAUCCAGGAGGAGGCGGCGUGGGAUGAGGCGCUGCAGGAGCGCGUGGUGCGCGAGACGCUGCGGUUGUUCCCGCCCAGUCCGCUGCUGUCGCGCGAGCUGACCGCAGAUGUGCAGCUGCCGGCCACCGACGACCAUGGCCCGCUGGUGCUGCCCGCGGGCAGCUCCGCUGUCGUCUGCGCGCUGUUCCUGCACAGGGACCCCGCCGUCUGGGACGACCCGCACGCCUUCCGACCAGACAGGUUUCUUCCGGGGGCGUGCAAGGAGCGUCACCCUUUCGCAUACCUGCCGUUCGGCGGUGGACCCCGUUCUUGCAUCGGCAGCAAGUAUGCGCAGAUGCAGAUGCGAGCCGUGCUGUCAAAGGUGCUGCCUGCCUUCAGAGUGACCACGACUGCCACCCGCGAAGACCUCGAGGAUCUCAAGAUGGGUAUGGUCAUCACGCCCAGGAACGGCUUCAACCUCCGCUACGAGCCCAGGGGCUGAUCACGCUGCGAUUGGAGGACGUGAGACAGUUAAUAGUGUUCGGCGAAAACCGUCACCAGGAAUAGGCUGAGGCCUCUUGGUGACUAACGUUUCGUAUAAUCGUGGUGUCGCCAAAAUUUCGGUUAACAGUAUUAAUGCUACUCGUAUUCCAGACGAUAUCAGUGGAGGAGUCACAUAUACAUAACCUGCUUAGACAUAAAUCGAGAUUACGUUCGGAUUAGUUUUCACCACAGUAUCCUACAUUCGUUAUAAGGUGCUACAGUGAUAAGGGUGAAGUGAACACACUUACGAUCUCAGACUGGCGCUGUAAAAUGCGACAUCCUGACACAGAAGCCAUUGACGUACUACGUAAUUGUUGUGGUGGUGGUGGUUAGUGUUUAACGUCCCGUCGACAACGAGGUCAUUAGAGACGGAGCGCAAGCUCGGGUUAGGGAGGAUUGGGAAGGAAAUCGGCCGUGCCCUUUCAAAGGAACCAUCCCGGCAUUUGCCUGAAACGAUUUAGGGAAAUCACGGAAAACCUAAAUCAAGAUGGCCGGAGACGGGAUUGAACCGUCGUCCUCCCGAUUGCGAGUCCUGUGUGCUAACCAUUGCGCCACCUCGUUCGGUUACGUAAUUGUAGUGUUGGUUUCCAGAUAUAAGUGUAACCAGUCUCUUUUUGUCAUGCUUCAGUUUUUAUUUACCAUGAGCAAUUUCACAUCGCCUCCUAAUGAAAAAUUGUGUACCAUCUGAUGACGAGUCACUGGGUGAUGCGAAACCAGUUAUGAUAAACAGAACUUGAAGCAUCACAAAAGGCGAUUGGUUGCAGUUAUUUCAGGAGACUUUCAUCCCUCAAAAUGACAGUCCACAGCCAUAGUGGAUAAAAGUUUAAAUGGUAAUGUUGUUUCGUAAAUUACUGUAACGCCAGUGGCACCGUGAAGGUGCGAAACAGGAGCUACUAUAGUCGCAAAGUGUUGUACGUAUAUCAUAGAAUAUAGCACUUGUAAAUAACUUAAUAAGUGUUAAGGAUUACAAUGUUUUCAUUUUUAUAUUCACUGCCUUUCUCUACUCGUGUAUUUCUGACACUCAGGCCAUUUUAUUUUUAACUUCUUCAUUCAGUCUGAUGUGUAUUGUUACCAAGCGAAUCACAAAUUUUGCUGCAGUACGGAAUUUUAAAUUUAGCGAAAUUAUACGGAAAGAAAAAAAUGUUGAAACAAUUGUAAAAUGUUUGUUGGUUAGGUAUGUAAAAAGUUAUAUUAUUUAUUUAUGUAUAUAGAGAGGUAUUUUGACUAAUGCAUUUGUGUCUGUAGCAAAGUAAAACAUUAUAUUCUGAAUGUUUCAUGUAAAAAUAUAAACGUAAUUUACUUUUA